ACGAUGUUCGUUCAGGCUGGUUCUGCUGGCUUGGCUCCUCCCUUCUUAUUUCUUUUCCCCCUCUUGAUUGGUUCCGUUUUGCUUUUGCUUGUUGCUUGAAUUUCACCGGCGGUGUUGACGGAAAACGGUGUUAGUUUGCUUCUUUGGUUUGACUCAUGACCUUUGUCUCCCUGCGAAGCUACAUUGAUAGAUUUGUUUUUCCUUUUUUCGUCUUUGUGUGCGAUUUUGAUUCCCAUGUCUUUGGCUUUGCUUUGCUUUGCUUUGUUAUUCGAAAACAGAAAAGUUGGACUCAUUUUUAUCAGAUUGAUUGGUUUUAUCCUAGUAAGCUUAGAAGCUUUAUCUCGCAUCUACUCUAUUCUCUUCUACUAUCUAUCUAUCAUCCUGCGUACGUAUUACCUAGUAUAUAUAAAUCCUACCUAGGAACCCCACUGUACUCCAUCUCCAUACAAACUCAGAGUAUACCCCGAACCAGAACAACAGUAAACCACCGUCAACCCACCCACCACCCCGGGUCAUCCAAACCUCCCCAACUACGGAUCCAGCAAAAAGACAAUCAUUGCAUCAUGACGGGAGACCCGAAAACACGGCUCGCGUGUAUCCAUGCUUGUGGGCAUGUUCUUCUUCUGGUGAUGAUCAUUCGGGAAUCUUCUAGCCCACACUUUCUUUCCGUUCGUGAGUUUGGCUCUGUAAGGCUGGGGAUAGAGUUUGGUUGGUUGGUUGUAUGCCGUCAUCGGUUGGAUUGAGUUUUGCCACUGUUGUUUAAGCAUCUUUGGUUUUUGGGUGGGUGGAUUAUGGGUGGAUGGGUGGAAGUGUGGAUAAUACAAUGAUAUUGUUUUGUAUUGGGUAGGAC